AAGAGCAAAAUAAUAAUAAAAGAGAGAAAAAGAUGAACAAGUCAUAUGGCCCAUAACAUGUCUUCUCAGUACACUCCAUCAAAUUAUCAUUUUCUUCUUUUAUGAUCAACCAAAGGAAGAAACAAGAACAACCCAACAAUGUCAGGUGGCGGAGGAUCAAGCAAAGAAUAUAGAGAAGGAUCGUCGAGCUCGGCUCCGACGACCCCGAGUCGAUACGAGUCACAGAAACGGCGAGAUUGGAACACUUAUGGUCAGUACUUGAACAAUCAAAGGCCUCCAGUGGCAGUGUCCCAGAGCAACUUCAACCAUGUGUUGGAGUUCCUAAGGUACUUGGAUCAAUUUGGGAAGACAAAAGUUCAUGUGGAAGGCUGCAUGUUUUAUGGGGAGGCAGAGCCGGCAGGCCCUUGUGGCUGUCCGCUGAAGCAAGCUUGGGGCAGCCUUGACGCUCUGAUAGGGCGGUUGAGAGCUGCUUAUGAAGAGCAUGGAGGGUCCCCUGAGAGUAACCCUUUUGCAAGCGCUUCUAUAAGGGUUUAUCUUAGAGAAGUUAGGGAGUGUCAAGCCAAAGCUAGAGGAAUCCCUUAUAAAAAGAAGAAGAAGAAGACCAACCAAUAAUACCAAUCUUCUUCGUUUCAUCUUUUCUGUUCUUAUUGCAGUUCUUGUUAAGUUUCUUUGCUUUCCCUUGUUCUUUCUUUCUUAUGAAUCAUCCAUUUCUAUUGCUAAAUGGAAAUUUAACUUGAUGGGUUUGAUUAAGAUUCAAUAAAAGGGUCGGGGUCGGUCGGAUUUGGGAGCCUCA